CUCGGAUUGUAAAGACAUGACGGCUCUCCCUGACCACCUGCACUUGACUGCGGCUCACUUCCCUACGAAAAACAACUUUCGACAGGACGGGUUGAUGCAUUCUAACACUCGAUUCAACAUUCCCUGUUGUCUGCGUUCGCUACGAAUUCACGACUUCUCUCGUUAUACUUCUGCUGCUCUGUAUAAUUGAAUUUCCCCCGGAUUUGCCUCGACACUCUCCGUCACCACGUUCGCUUUUCGGUAGCAUCUCCUGACGACUGAGUCCUUGUUUUGAGUCGACCAGGCUCUGCCUUUCCCCCCAGGACAUCGACAUAUCGACGACUGGAGCGUUGUAUGGACUUAUGGCGCUAUAGAUCAGUACCCGUACAUUCAUUCAAGUGAAGAUACUUAACGCCAUGGCUGCUCGUGGAAACAUGCCGGCCCAUGCGCUGGCUUCAUUGCCCUCUCUACCUCCACACCUACAAUCAGACACUCACUUGACUGCUCAUCUGGCGAGCCGGUUUCAUGUAUCUUUACCAACGGCAAGACUCUCCUCUCAAGCUCUCAUCAGCCUAAACACCUAUACUUCAUCCACAAGGGGUCCCAAUGGUGAAAAGGAUGGAAGUGCUAUGGGAGAAGCUGAGGAUUUGGCUCGCAGGGCUUGGGCUAGGUUAGGAAGCAGGGCAGAAGACCAGGCUAUCGUCUUCUUUGGAGAGUCCGGCUCUGGCAAAACGACAGUCAGGUCACACCUCCUUUCUUCAUUUCUCUCUUUUUCCUCCACACCACUAUCUUCCAAGCUGUCCCUCGCCGCAUUUGUCUUCGAUACCUUGACCACCACUAAGACCACCACGACCCAAACAGCCUCCAAAGCCGGCUUGUUUUACGAACUUCAGUACGACGCUUCCUCCAUCAUACCCACCCUCAUUGGAGGCAAGUUGUUGGAUCACCGGUUAGAAAGAGGUCGCAUUUCUCAUGUCCCAACCGGCGAGAGAAGUUUCCAUGUUCUGUACUAUCUUCUCGCGGGGACCAGCGCCGCGGAAAAGUCACAUCUGGGCCUUACUGGACAUACGAAUAUCACAACCUCUGGAACCGCUCUUGGCAGGUCUGCUUCAAUUUCUCAGAAAAGAUGGAGGUAUCUAGGUCAUCCGACACAGAUGAAGGUUGGUGUCAAUGAUUCCGAGGGCUUCCAGCAUUUCAAAACAGCCUUGCGCAAGCUCGAGUUCCCCAGAACGGAGAUUGCGGAGAUCUGUCAGGUUCUGGCAGCCAUCCUCCAUAUCGGGCAGCUCGAAUUUGGCACCGGACAAGUUACAUUGACUGCUGCCGAAGAAAGCGGUGGCUACUCCCACGAGGGAGGCGAGACGGUCACCGUCGUCAAGAAUACCGACACGCUGGAGAUGGUAGCCGCUUUUCUGGGUUUGAGCGUUCAAGGUCUCGAAGAGAGCUUGCGAUACAAAACUAAGACACUCCACCGAGAGCGGGUUACAGUCAUGCUAGAUCCCAAGGGCGCGCGAGAAAACGCCGACGAGCUGGCCACGACUUUGUACUCUCUACUGGUUGCCUACAUCAUCGAAAGUAUCAACCAGAGAAUUUGUGCUGCAGAAGAUGCUGUGGCCAACACCGUCUCAAUCGUCGACUUUCCUGGCUUUGCCGAAACCUCGUCGACGGGCUCUGUGCUUGACCAGUUAUUGAACAAUGCUGCGAACGAAUCACUCUACAAUACGUGCCUGCACAGCUUCUUCGAGAAAACCGCGGAAAUCUUAGAGAACGAGGAAGUCAGCGUCCCAGCUACAAGCUACUUUGACAAUUCCGAUGCUGUUCGUGGGCUUCUUAAGCAUGGCAAUGGUCUUCUCGCGAUUCUGGACGACCAGACCCGUCGUGGUCGUACAGACAUUCAGUUCUUGGAGAGCAUCCGCAAGAGAUUUGAGAACAAGAAUAAGGCUAUCAAUGUCAGCAGUGCUACAUCAACAAUGCCGGGCAGCAAUUUCGCCACUACCAACCUUGCGGCUUCGUUCACCGUGCGCCACUAUGCCGGCGAGGUGGAUUAUCCGGUCAAUCAGCUAGUAGAGGAGAAUGGUGAUGUCGUUUCUGGAGAUCUGAUGAACAUGAUGAGAAGCACCAAGAGUGACUUCGUGGCCAGCUUGUUUGGCCAGGAAGCAUUGACCACGGUCAGUCAUCCUGCCGAAAGGACGGCAAUCGUUCAAGCUCAAGUCAGCUCGAAACCUCUUCGAAUGCCUAGUGUGUCACGAAAGAAGCACAACCAACUGCGCCGCUUGGCGAGUCGAAGAGCUGACCGAUCACCGGCACCAGAAGAGGAGGAUCCCAUCCCAGGCGACGAAGAACAGAGACUGCGACGGACCAAGAAUAUCGCCACAGGUUUGACUCAAGGCGCGGCUGCACAAUUCUUGUCGUCUUUGGACAAUAUCACAAAGUCAUUGACUGCGCCCAACGUCAACAACUACUUCGUUUUCUGCCUGAAACCCAACGACAGGCGGAUAGCCAACCAGUUCGAUAGCAAAUGCGUCCGUCAGCAGAUUCAGAUGUACGGAAUUGCCGAGAUCAGUCAGAGGCUUCGAACGGCUGACUUCAGCAUCUUCCUGCCAUUCAACGAGUUCCUGGGCCUUACUGACACAGAUACUGGAGUUGUGGGAAGCGAUGCGGAGAAAGCGCAACUUGUCCUCGACUCCAGACACUGGCCAGGAAACGAAGCAAGAAUCGGCAACACAGGCGUCUUCCUCAGUGAACGUUGUUGGGCCAGUAUUGCCCUUACAGGCUCACAAAGUACAGCUUACUUUGGUGGUGAGGCUGCUUCUCUUUCCAGGCCAGGUACACCGAGUCUCAAUCCCUUCAGUGAUUCAAAAGCGAGGCUGUUGCCUUCUGGUGAGGGCACGCCUGGAUCUUUCUUCGGCGAUGAGGCGAAAGGGGGUGGCUAUUUUGGCGCCCGGGAGCUCGACGCAAAAUCAGACGCAGGCGCCUCAGCUUUCAACUCUGGUGAUAUGUUCCGAAAUCUGGAAACUAAGGAAGAACUUGCUCAAAAGGCCAACAAGAAAAAGAUGGAAGAGGUUGAUAUCGUGCCAAUGUCCGGCAGUCGCAAACGGUGGCUCGCAAUCGUCUAUCUCCUUACCUGGUAUCUUCCAGACUUCUCCAUCAAAUGGGUCGGUCGUAUGAAAAGGAAAGACGUGAGGACGGCUUGGAGAGAGAAGUUCGCCAUCAACCUCCUGAUCUGGCUGAGCUGUGCUUUUGCGGUCUUCUUCAUCAUCAUAUUUCCCGGGCUGAUCUGUCCCAAGCAAAAUGUGUACUCGGCAGAGGAAUUGUCGUCUCACGAUGGCCAAGGCAAGCACGGUUCCUAUGUGGCAAUCCGAGGAUAUGUGUUCGACUUGGGCGCUUUUAUGCCCAACCACUAUCCCAGUAUCGUCCCACAAAGCUCGCUAAAGAAGUAUGCUGGUAUCGAUGCAACUAGUCUCUUUCCCGUUCAGGUUUCGGCCCUAUGUCAAGGAAAAGAUGGACGAGUCGAUCCCACUGUCCAACUGGAUUACUCAACGACCAACGUUUCAGGUUCCGCCAGCGUCAUCAGCACUACAGAUCCGAACCGGCGCUACCAUGACUUUCGCGCUUUCACCAGCGACCCUCGACCAGAUUGGUUCUUCGAGCAGAUGAUCGUGCUCAAAGCCAAUUACAAGAAGGGCAAUAUCGGCUACACUCCUCAGUAUGUGAAGACAUUGGCCUCGAAAUCGAAAUCCAUUGCAAUCUUGAACAACAGAGUGUACGACUUCACCACCUACAAUCAGGGUGGCCGCAGCGCCAAAGCUGCUCCGGGCGAAGAAGUGCCAGCGGAUGUGGAUACGGACUUCAUGGAUUCUCUGGUGGUCGAUCUAUUCACUCAACGAGCUGGUCACGACGUCACCAAGUACUGGGAUGCACUUCCCAUUGACUCUGGUAUGAGAAGUCGCAUGCAACUGUGCCUUGACAAUCUAUUCUUUGUUGGAGUGACGGAUACUCGAAACUCCGUACAAUGUCUGUUUGCGCAAUACAUCUUGCUCGCCAUAUCUAUUCUGCUCUGCAGCGUCAUCGGCUUCAAGUUCUUCGCAGCACUGCAGUUUGGCGGUAAGAACACGCCAGAAAACCUGGAUAAGUUUGUCAUCUGCCAGGUUCCUGCCUAUACCGAAGACGAGGAUUCGCUGCGGCGUGCCAUAGACUCUGCAGCUCGGAUGCGGUACGAUGAUAAACGCAAACUGCUCAUUGUUGUGUGCGACGGUAUGAUUAUUGGUCAAGGAAACGACCGACCCACGCCUCGCAUUGUCCUCGACAUCAUGGGCGUGUCUGAAACGGUUGAUCCAGAACCACUCAGCUUCGAAUCCCUGGGUGAAGGCAUGAAACAACACAACAUGGGCAAGGUGUACUCCGGAUUGUACGAAGUACAAGGGCACAUUGUGCCAUUCUUGGUUGUGGUCAAGGUUGGAAAACCAUCCGAAGUGUCCAAGCCCGGCAACAGAGGCAAGCGUGAUUCGCAGAUGGUCAUUAUGCGAUUCCUGAACCGCGUGCAUUACAAUCUGCCCAUGAGUCCGCUGGAACUCGAGAUGCAUCACCAUAUCCGGAACAUCAUCGGUGUCAACCCCACCUUCUAUGAAUUUAUGCUACAAAUCGAUGCGGAUACGGUUGUUGCGCCAGACUCGGCUACGCGCAUGGUAUCAGCCUUCUUGCGCGACACACGGCUGAUUGGAGUCUGCGGAGAGACAUCUCUUAGCAACGCCAAAUCGUCCUUCAUCACCAUGAUACAGGUGUACGAGUACUACAUUUCCCACAACUUGACCAAGGCCUUCGAAUCUUUGUUCGGGUCCGUUACCUGUUUGCCCGGUUGUUUCACAAUGUACCGCAUUCGAGCUGCCGAUAGCGGCAAGCCUCUUUUUGUCAGCAAGGAGAUUGUCAACGACUAUUCAGAAAUUCGAGUCGACACGCUGCACAUGAAGAAUUUGCUGCAUCUUGGAGAAGACAGAUACUUGACCACAUUGCUUAUGAAGCACCACUCAAAGUACAAGACCAAGUACAUCUUCCAUGCGCAUGCUUGGACUAUCGCGCCGGACAGCUGGACGGUUUUCAUGUCUCAGAGACGUCGGUGGAUCAACAGUACUGUGCACAACUUGAUGGAAUUGAUUCCGUUGCAGCAACUUUGCGGUUUCUGCUGUUUCAGUAUGCGAUUCGUUGUGUUCCUGGAUCUGUUGUCGACUAUUGUGGCACCUGUGACGGUGGCAUAUAUCGUGUAUCUCAUUGUGCUUCUGGCGACCUCAUCCAGUGUCAUACCAUUGAUGGCUUUCAUCCUUUUGGGCGCGGUCUAUGGUCUACAAGCCAUCAUCUUCAUCCUACGGCGCAAAUGGGAGAUGAUUGGCUGGAUGAUUGUGUAUAUUCUCGCCAUGCCUGUCUUCUCCUUUGGACUGCCACUGUACGCCUUCUGGCACAUGGACGACUUCAGUUGGGGAAAUACUCGUCUCGUGACGGGAGAAAUGGGCAAGCAGGUCCUCAUCUCCGAUGAGGGCAAAUUUGACCCGGACUCGAUCCCGAAGAAGAAAUGGGAAGAGUACCAAGCAGAACUCUGGGAUGCCCAGACUCAACGCGAGGAUACACGGUCUGAAGUGUCAGGCUACAGCUAUGGCACUAAGUCUUACCAUCCUGGGGGCUCGAUCUAUGGAGGAGGCUAUGACACACAACAUUUGAUGCCCACCUCACGAUCAGUUUCCCAGCUCGACAUGCACCCAUCGAUGUAUGGCGGUGGCUAUAAUCAAUCCCGCAUAUCGCUCGCGCCCUCAGAGAUGCUAGGUGGUGGCGUCCUGACCAGCGGACGGUCAAUUGCCGACAUGGAAAUGGCAGACUUGACGGGAUUGCCUACGGACGACAUGAUCUUGAACGAGAUUCGAGACAUUUUGAAGACGGCGGAUCUCAUGACUGUGACGAAGAAGGGUAUCAAGCUAGAAUUGGAACGCAGAUUUGAUGUCAACCUCGACGCCAAACGGGCAUACAUUGGAAGCGCCACUGAAGCCAUUCUCUCCGGCCAACUAUGACGUCUGAAUCUUGCAUCUGAUAGCGUUAGGGUUUUGGUGUUAUAAUACAGGUGGUGUCCAGCGUGGAUGUUUGUAUUGAGCAGCUGGGCCAUCAUUGGGUAUAUCAUAUCCUGCCAACAAGAGUUGUGACAAAAGGCAGCGGGGAUGUUGGAUGGCAUUAACGGGUAAACAUUUGGUGGAGGACAACUUUUCUGCGCGGGAUGACGCAGACAUGGCGUUUCUAAGUCAUCACACAAUUAUCUCCAUCAAGCUAAAUGUAUGAGUAUGGGCCGUCCUACCGCACAGAUGACUUGUAAAUGGAGCAAAG